CAAUUCGGGCAUCAUCAGCUAGGGUUUUAAUUUCGCCUCAUUCAACAUACAUAGCGCCCAAAUUAUAUUCACUAAUUUAUUUGUUAUUGACAAUUAAUUAAUAAUAAUAAAUAGCUAUUAGACUUCAGUGUUUUUGUGAAUAAUAAUUGUGGUAGGAAGAUUAAUGCAAGUAAAAUUUAUUUGAUCUGAUUGAUCCUGCGAUGGCUCUUACUUUCGGUAAAAUUACACUCAUAAUCGGUGCAGGCAUCGUUGGUUCGGUUCUUAUUAGGGAAGGUCGUAUGCCCGGUGUGGUGGAUGUAUUAUCUGUUGCUUCUGAUGUUGUGACAGGUGCUUCUAAGGUACUUAAAUUAGUUAAAACCGAUGGGGUACCUACUUCAAGUACUCGAAGACCAGUGAACGACUCAUUAUUGUCACAGGUCACCAACCUAAGGCAGGAGCUGCAACUUCUCACAUCAAAUAGACCUGUCACCAUUGUGACUACCAGUCGUUCAGGAGCUACUAGAAAAUUUACUACUAUUAUCAUUGUUGUUGUCGCUGGAUAUGGAUAUGUUUGUUGGAAGGGUUGGACACUUCCUAGUAUGAUGUUUGCAACAAAACGUAGUUUGGCUGAUGCAACAGAUGCUGUAGCUAGACAACUUGAAAGUGUUUACUCGUCACUUUCAGAUGCCAGGAUGAGUCUAUCUUCUAGGAUUGAUCAGGUUGACAGUUAUGUGGCCAAGCUUAGAGAAACUUCUUUAGCUACAGAACAGGAGGUUUCUGAAUUAAGUCAAAGAUCAUCAGCGACUGCUAAGAACCUUCAUUCUGUACAUAACGCUGUUUUCACACUGGAGAGUAGGUUGAAUAGAAUUGAAUCAGUCCAGGACGAUACAAACAUAGGAGUGGGGAGGUUACUACGUAGUUCCAUAUCAUUGGAAAAUCAGGGAAACCCUUUCAGUUCUUCAAGGCCAGCUCUUGGAAUGCCACAAAGGGCUACAUUCUUGCAACCAGUACAAAUAGAGGAGUUACAACCCACCCCUCCAGUCUCUCCCAAAGCUAGACUAUCUUUAGAAACCUCUGUCUCUGCCUCUGGCUUGAGGGUUCCUCAUGAGAACCCAGAUAUGCCUGAAACUAGAAACACUCAAAGGGCAUCAAAUGGGUUUAACUUUACAGAAGAGGGAAGCUCAAAUUCUGGUGUCUUUGGACGAACAUUUUCUGGUAUUAGUACUGUUUUCUCAAGGUACCGCCCUUGAAAUGCACACAUUGAUGACGUAUAUGAAGUGUAUGUUUUUUAUUCACUUUUCCAAAUUGGAAUAUAUAUUCUUGUA